GACAACCACGAUAGCACCUGAUCGCGUUCCGGUGUACGUUUGUGAAUUCUGCGGGGACGAUUUCCGACAGCGGGGGGAUCUGCUUACCCAACGCACUAAACGAAAAUGCCGUCGCGCUCGAUUGCGCGGAUAUCUACGCCAAGGUCUUCACACCGAGCCAGAAGACCACUCCCAGGCACACACAGGCUGUCGCUAUCGCGAGGAGAGCAUCCAGUACGCGCCCUCUGAAGCGAG